AUUUCAGGUAAUGGUGAUCGUAAUUGGUCACUUUCUUAUUGAAAAUUUUCUAAUUUCCUGGACUACGUGCAGAAUAUCUUGCGAGAUUUGGGCAUUAAAUAUAUGUUAGCAUUGUACCCGUCACAAUUAGCGAGUUGCUUUGAGGCUUUGGAUCUGCUGUUUUGUGUUGGAGACAAUCCCAUAUAAUUCUACAGUUGCUUUUUUAAUAUUAGAUAACUAAUGUAAGGUUUUAAUUAUUUUUGAACAGACUUUUCUUACUAUUUCUAUUUCUUUAUUUUUGGGUUUGUUUUUUUAUUGCUUUAAUUCUCUGUGUUUUUAAAGAUAUUUAUAAUAUAAAUGGAAAUGGAGGAAAUAAUUGUGAUAGAUGAGGAUAGUGAUGAUUUAGAAGAAGGUGAAAUAACUGAUGAUAUAGAAAUGAUAUUCCAAAUUGAAAGAAAAUCAAAACGGUUGCCACGUCGUUAUGCUUUACAAAAUAAAAGUCCAAUUGAUAGGCAUAAAAAUUACAAGCAUAAAGAAAAGAAUAAAUUUCUAAAUCCCACUAAAUUAGAAUCAAUUCAUAGAAGAAAACAUAAAUCAUCUUGUCCUCAUCGUAAUUCAGAAAAACAUAGGUUAAAACAUAGGCAAUCUCAUCACAAUCAUAAUUCCUUUAACACUAAAAGUGCCUUUAAAAAUUACACAAGUCCCCCCAGGGCUCCUUCAUUAUCGAAAAAGGUUCAUUCAAAUCUUCAGAACUCUGAAAAUGAGAUCAACUUCCCAAAAUUAUUAUCAGAUUAUAAAAAAGCAAAGGAACGUUUGAAUCAGAAAGUUGAAAAGGUUCAAAAUAACAAUUCUGUGAAAAAUGAAUCAGUAUCAUGUACAAAUGAUAGUAAAAAAACGAAUAGUUGUCCGCCUAAGCAAGAAUUGGCUGAUGCACUUCCACUAGAAGACUUAACUGAAAUAAAAAAAGGAGAGGAGAGUGAUGAAGAGGAUGUUGAAGAAUUGCGAAGGAAAGCUCUGGCAACAUGUGCCAAAAAACAACUUAUUAGCAAAGCAGAUGAGGAAAGUUCUAAUGAAAUGCCAAAACUCAGUUUAAAUAGUCUACCUUCUUUAUCUAAUAAGGUUUCAUUGGAUCAUUUAAUUGAAACAUUUAACGGUGAAUGUGAUAAUGACUCUCGCGAUAAUUAUGAAGUAGUGGAUAUGGAUCUUGAUGAGGAGGAGGGCAGUUGUCAAAAAGUAAAUGAUGAUAAUUUAUUUAUUAUUGAUAAAACACCUGCAAAUACUGAAUUUUCUCCCAAUGUUAUUAAUGGUCACUUAAAUCAGAAAAUUGAGAGUCAUUCCCCUGUGGAAAAUGAAAACCAUUUGCAGUCUAAUCAUUCUCAAACCAUUGAUGACUUUGAAGAACAACUUUUAAGGGCAGAAGUAAUUGCUAGUAUGAAUUCAUCUCGCCAAAAACGUCAGUCUCCUCCAAAAUUACCUAUUCCUGUAGAAGAAAAGGUGUCGGAAAUAAUUGCCAAGGUAGAUAUGUUGCACAAUGCAGUAAGUACCUUACAUAAGGAAAUGAGGCCAAAACCAUGUGCAAUAUAUUCUAAAGGACCAUUGCAAAACUCUGUGAAGCAGCCUCCUAAAAGAAUUAUUGAUGCCAAAUCAAAGUUUUCAAAUUUUAAAAAUAAUAAAACUACUGCAUCACCACCUCCCCCAAGAGGUGUAAAUACUAUACAAGAACGCUUAAUUAUCACACUAAACAAUGAUACCUCAACUGAUGAAUCUGAUGAAGAAACAAAUGAAAAUGCUUCUCAAAAUAUUCCUGUAUCAAGUAUAGAAGCUCUUAUUUCUAGUGCAAGACAAAAAUCAGAUGCAGCUCAACUCAGCAAUGUAAGUUCUGUUAAUGUGUCUUGUCUUUCUAAAGCUCAACAGGAAGAAUACAACUCAUUAAAAAAACUCUUAGCUGAAAAAACACAGUAUUCAGUUCCAGCACCUUUAAUUAAAGAAAAGAAUACUCCAAAUCAAUCGCAUAUAAAUCUCUUGGUUAAGAAAAUUUCGGUGGCUAAAGCCAAUUUAGAAAAAGAAGUUGGAAUUAGAAGCCAAAUGGAAAAAGAUCUCUUGGAGAAAAAGAGGAAUUACAUGGCCUCUAAAUUAAGAGUGCAGUUGUUAAAAGAAAAACUUCAUGCUGCUGAAAAAAUUAGAGCUGCCAAUUUGGAAAACUGGAAACAAUGUACUGCAAAACUUGAUAUUGUAAGAAAGUCAGUAUCUAAGCGCGAAUCUUUACUUAAGUUGUUAGAGACUGAAUUAAGCACCAAGAAUGCAUGCUUUGAGCCAAAUUCAACUACACCUCCUGUUUAGAAGUUAAUUAUUUUAUCUUCAUUUCCAAAAUUAGUUAACAAUUUGUACUAAGUCUCUUUUCAGGUAUGAUGGUAAAGUACUUAUUUUCCUGUGAUAUUUAGUGUCAUUUUUAAAUUUUGUCACUGGAAGUGACUGGACCAAAGGUAUUGUUAACCUAGUUUUGCCAUAAUCUGUUGAUAUAAUUCUCAAACGUGCCACAAAGGUUGUAAAUAUGAAUAAAAUGAAUAUAAAAAUCAUGUACAAAAUGUAUAUUUUCUAAAAUGAUGACUAAUAGUGUCGAUAUUUAAAGUAAAUUUAAAUACAACAUUGUUUAAGUUGGUGCUGAUCCUUUUAUUAUGUUUAAUAGUAAAAGGAAAUUUUGAAUAUCAAAAUGCAUUCUAAAUUGUGUAUAUGCAUGAACUUGAAGAACUUAUGUGGUUCUUCCCAUUAUAAAUGGCUAUUAUACUUUUGAGCCACUUCCAAAAUGUUGGACUGAUUGCACAAUUUUGUAUUUAUGAAGAGUUUUUAAAUAAAUUUGUUAUAUCUUGUUUAA